AUGGGCUCCAUGUGGCUGAUGCUGUGGGGAGGAGGAGGACACAUUGCCCAGGAUUAUGCUGAAAAGAAAAACACGAUAGCAAAAGCUCUGGAAGAUCUUAAAGCCAACUUCUACUGUGAACUCUGUGACAAGCAGUACUAUAAACACCAGGAGUUUGACAAUCACAUUAACUCUUAUGAUCAUGCUCACAAACAGAGGCUGAAGGAACUGAAACAGAGGGAGUUUGCUCGAAAUGUAGCAUCUAAGUCACGCAAAGAUGAAAGGAAACAGGAGAAAGCGCUCCAGCGCCUGCACAAGCUGGCUGAGCUGAGGAAAGAGGCAACGUGUGCUCCUGGAAGUGGGCCAAUGUUCAAAUCCACGACAGUGACAGUGCAAGAUCAUUGCAAUGAUAUCCCACCAAGUGCUGCCAUAGAUCCUGCCAACAAGCAGGAUUUCAGCUGCUCAUUAAUGCAAGAUGCCCAGAAUUGCAAAGAUGUGGCUUCUCUUACUUCUUCCACUCCCGGAAAUGCGUGUAGUGAUAAAUCUGAUGCUAACAAAUGUGGAGAUCAAGUUCAAGGAACUCAAGGACAUAGAGUUGGGUUCUCUUUUGCUUUUCCUAAGAAAGCAGCAGUCAAACUGGAGUCUUCAGCUGCUGUUUUUUAUGAAUAUAAUGACAAAUCGUCCAUGGAGCACGGAUUGAGCAGAAGAAGUAGGUUUGUUCCAGGAGCUUGUAACCUUCAGUCUCCAGCAGCAGCAGCAGAAAUAGCCCUGAGCCCUGAGGAGAAACAGAACUGUUUUCACCCACUGGUAGAAAAAUGCACUGACCCAGCAGCAGCUUCUGAAGCUCAGGAGUCAAAAGAGCUGGCCAGUGAAGAAACCGGGGUACUAGAGAGUCCUGAAUUAACUCUUGCAGUGUGCCAUUCGAAGCAACCAGUGUCCUUGGACAUAGAGAGCUGUGGUAUUGAUGUAAGUGCAGCAGACGCACCAGAGCAGUCGCUGCCCAUGGUUGCAGACGGUGCUCAGGUCCUGCCCCUGGACUGCAGCAGUUACGAGCUGCAGGCAACCAAGGCUCUCACACAGGCAGUCAUGGAGGAUUGUUUAUCUCUGCAGGAUGUUGCGGAGGAGAAUUAUAAAGACAGGAACAGUGAUUCAUCUACAACUGAAACUGAAAUAAAAAAUCUGGGGGCAGAUGCAUUGGUUCUGUUGCCACCUGAAGAAGGUGGUAGUGGAGCUCCAGAGAGCAAACCGGACGUGCACAAGAGACCUUGUGAGCCCUUUGUUCCUGUUCUUAGCAAACAUGGAUCAAAUGUUCUUCAGUGGCCGUCAGAAAUGUUAAUUUACACGAGUACAGACCCAUCCAUUUCUUACAGCUGUAAUCCUCUGUAUUUUGAUUUCAAAUCAUCGAGAGCGAGCGACAGCCAAGAAAAGCCCAAGCAUCAGCCUAACAUACCUCACGUGCACCAUAAAACUGAAUCCAACCCUACCUUAGUCUUGGAUUUUACAAAUAAACCUACUUCAGAGUGUCAUGAUUAUGAAACAGAAACGAGUAAAAAUGUGUGCAACUCUAUGACACCCCUUAUAAGUGAUGCUUCCCUCAUCAGAAAUCAUGAUCUUGCAAAAAAUCAAAAUAAAGUGCCCUUGGAUGAGUCAUUCAGGAUAAGAAAAGUGGAAAAGUAUCACAUUUCUAAAAAUUCCUUAGGACAAAACACUGUGAUAGACGAGAAAUACAACAAAGUCUGGAUCAAAAAAAACCAUGCAAAAUGGCUUCACAAAAGUAGAAAACGGAAAAGGAGAAGAAAAUUAUGUCAUUGUCAUUUUCAUCAUCAUCACUGUGGAGACACAACAGCAGCAGAAAUGGAGAUGUCCCCAGUGAGAGAGAAAGAAGUUAGUUAUGGAGAUGAAAAUAAAUAUCUGCUCCUCCAAAAUAAUCCUGAGAGGGGCAGACAUGAUGCGGGGAAUAUCUGGCUAGCUGCAGGGGAGAGACAGCAGUCACAUCAACAACUGGGCAUUGAAAAUGGUCAUAAGAAAGUCAUCUCGAUGUCAGAUUAUGCAUAUGGGGACAGAGACUGGUGUUGUGCUUGGGGUGCAAAAAAUAGUGGCCACCACCGUGGUUGUAAACGGGUGCACAGAAAGAGCAAAGGAAGCUCUCAGAGACAGGCUAAGCAGCUGGCUCUGAGUUCCAGGAGGCACAGCUUAAGGUACUCUAAAAAGUGUUGUAGCUGCAAAGUCAGGAGGCCAAGCUGUAGUCCAGAGCAUAAAUGUUUAGGACACAGCGGUGAGGAGAAGAGCACCAGUCAAAACCAGUCCAUAAAGAGAGGUUAUAGCCUUCUGACAGAGGAAACUGAAAAAUCCCACCGCAAGCGGAGACAACAUACGUGCUCCUCCUCAUCAGAUGAAAGCUCAUACAGUCAGACAUUAUCAGCAGAGGAGUAUCUAAGGCAAGCACAUAUUUUAGGUACACAUCACAAGGCAAAAGGCAAACACAGGAGAAGGAAAACUAGAAUCCAUCACAUUUUCCUUGACAGGAAUGCAAAAAGUGAGACCUCCAAACCUUCCAAAGAAAAUUCUGCAAGUUCUACUUCAAAUACUUUGGCGGACUUCUUGACUCAAGACAGUCUAGAGGAAACUAAUGUAGAUCCUAAAGCUGAUCAAGCAAAAGAUACUGAAGAAACAAUGCAGCUGGAAGAAAGCAAGUCAUGUCUAGAAACUGAUAGUUCACAUGUGCUGGAAAAUGACAAACUGACAGGGUGCACAGCAAUGGAGAGCACUCCGAGUACAUUUUCUGAUGUCAUCACAGGUUCUGCUGCUUCUGUUCCUGAGCACAAUGCUCCAGCAACUGCCAGUGUGCAGGAUGUUCUGCAGGACGAGAAGAAAAAAGAAAAUGUCAACAGUCAUGAAAAUCAAGCUCGUUACAAAAUUCCGCUCCCCAGCAGACAUUUGGAACAAGUUCCUCCUAGAUCCAAUCUUUGCCAUUACGAACUGCCUGAGUCUCUACCACAUGAGAAAAUAAAUGAGGUGACCAGUGAAUGGGUACCGUGUAAUCCGGGCAUAUUUACCAGCCCACUACCCUUGCCAUUCAAAGAAGCACAUGUAAAUAGCCAUACCUUUUUAACUACCGAGCAGUUAAUAGCCCCCUUCACCCUGCCAGAUCAGACGUUGAUAUUCCCUCCAGACAACCACAACAAAUUCAAAGAUCUCCCGUCGGAGGCGUAUCAGCAGAUCCUGCCCCAAAACAUGCUGGCCAACAAAGUGAAGUUCACCUUCCCUUCCCCAGCCAUCCAGCCCCCCAGUUCCCCGCUGCAGCCCUUGCCCUUGCAACCGCCGCUCUCUUCUACCUCCAUUACCACCAUCCACCACACUGUCCUGCAGCAACACGCCGCUGCCAGCACGUUGAAGUUUCUCCAGCCCCACCAGCAGUUCGUCUCCCAGGUCCCGGCUCUUUCCAGAGCACCUUUACCUCAUCUGCCAGUAGGACCAAGGAUUUGCCCUGGAGGCCACACAGCUUUCGUCGCCCCGCCGCAUUUGCCGCUGCUGCCGCCCUCGGUCCUGCACCCCAGCCAGCUGGCCUUGGCCCCGCUGCCUCACGCUGUCUUCCCGUCCCUGCUGUCCCCACAUCCAGCUGUCAUCCCCCUGCAGCCCCUCUUUUAG